AUGGCAGACUCGGACGUUCCAGAACCAACACUUCAAAACAUUCUUGAUCAGCAGGAAUUGAAAUGGAUUUUUGUUGGUGGUAAAGGUGGUGUCGGCAAGACCACGACGUCAUCAAGCUUGGCGGUGGCGCUCGCCGAACGCGGCGGACGCGAUAACGUGUUGAUCAUCUCCACAGACCCGGCGCACAACCUCAGCGAUGCAUUCCGACAAAAGUUUACAAAGACCCCAACGCUGGUCAACGGCUUCACGAACCUGUUCGCGAUGGAGGUGGACCCCACUCCGGAUCUUGGGGACAUGGAGCAGCUGGAGUGGGCCCAGGACUCCUUCCUCACAGAGCUGGCGGGAUCCAUUCCCGGCAUUGAUGAGGCCAUGAGCUUUGCAGAGGUCAUGAAGCAGGUCCAAACCAUGGACUACUCGACCAUCGUGUUCGACACGGCGCCCACGGGUCACACCUUGCGACUGCUCAACUUCCCCAACAUCCUGGAGAAGGGGCUCAGCAAAUUGGUGGCGCUCAAGGGCGCCAUGGGGGGCAUGAUGGGGCAGAUGACUCGCAUGUUGGGUGUGGGGGGAGCUGAAGGGGAGAACCUGCCGGACCAGCUGCUGGGGAAGGUGGAGGGAAUGCUGGAUGUCGUACGGAAGGUAUCAGCCCAGUUCAAGGACCCCCUCCUAACCACCUUUGUGGCGGUGUGUAUUCCAGAAUUCCUGUCGCUGUACGAGACGGAGAGGCUGGUGCAGGAGCUGGCCAAGUUUGAAAUCGAUUGUCGCAACAUCGUCAUCAACCAGGUCAUCUUUCCGGAGUCCGUCGGUACCAGUCGGCUGCUGGAGGCCCGAGUGCGCAUGCAGCAGAAAUACCUGGACCAGUUCUACGAGCUGUACGAGGACUUCCACAUCAUGAAGCUUCCGCUGCUGGAGGAGGAGGUCCGGGGCCCGGAUGCGCUGCGAGCCUUUUCGGAGAACCUGUUAAAGGUAUUGGGGGGGUGGCAGGGUGUGUAUGGGGGGAGGGGGAGGGGGGUCCCGAGGACUGCGACGGGCAGGGGCCGCUCCUUGGUGGUAUAUGAAAAAUGA